GCGCUCCCGUGAACGAUUCCAUAUUUCGUCACUGUACCGGUGCUUAUAAGGCUGCUUUCCACGGGUAUCUCGUAAAAUCCUCUCAUGUGCUUUGCAUCCUGCAACAUCACUCGCACAAAUCGCGGUGAUCGCCCUCACUUUCUUCCAUCCUGAGGACUAGGUCGUCCUCCUGUGCUGCGUCAUCAGUAUCGGCAUCUAUACAUACCACCGAUCCCACAGCCUUUCCGCCGAUUUAGAGAUCCUGCGUGACGUUCCGUUCUUCUAAACUCUGUCUGCUAACUUCUUCGAGAUAUCAUCAUUACCCCCACGCUCAUAUAUAGCCCUGUCUUUAAAGGACGUCACUGUGCUUGCCUAUUCACUAUCGCUGGUCUGCCGUCAUUAUGUCGGUCAGCGAGGCUGGUUCAUGUAAUUCCUCAAAAGUGCUCCUCCCUAGUAUACGGGAGCUAUUCCCUGAACAGUAUUCUGCCCCUUUACCUCGUCCAGGUGUAAGAGCUAAUGUGUCCCCAACCUCCGCCACUCGACAUCGGAUGGCCGCACCCCUCCAUACCCCCGUCGAACCCCGCACAGGAUGCGGCGACAGACUUUCCAGAACAACGUAUCCCUCAGCGGAUUUCCACUACAAGGCAUCUACUCCGCGCGACGCAGGCGACGAGGCUUCUGUGAAGCAUCGCGGAGAACGUCACUAU